AUGCAUAUACUUUCGGUUAAGUGCUUUGCGUUACUGCAGCUGCUUCCUAAUCUUGUGCUGGGUAUUCCUGCUCCCGAUUCGGCUAUUCAGAGGCUUCUACAGAUCCCUCCUGGACGUAGUCAGGAUGUCCUCGGCCUUGGCAACCCUCCCUAUACUCCAGGACAUCGUGACCCGUUUGACCAUAAAGUUGACUCGGUAGGGGAUGACCGACACCCUCUACCUUACCGUGGUGGUGAUGGAGCAUCGAUUGAGGGACCCAGGAACAUAGACCGUGAGAAGCAGAAUCCCGAUCUUGUGCGUCCUCCGAGCACGGAUCAUGGCAGCAUGUCGAAUAUGCGAUGGAGUUUUGCCGAUUCGCACGUGCGCAUUGAGGAGGGAGGAUGGACGAGGCAAACAACCAUCCGUGAACUGCCAACAAGCCGCGAGCUGGCCGGUGUGAACAUGCGCUUGGAUGAGGGCGUUUAUCGCGAGCUCCACUGGCAUACCGAGGCAGAAUGGGCGUAUGUACUUGCAGGCAAUGUCCGAGUGACCGCAUUAGAUCCGGACGGCGGUAGCUUUAUCGACGACCUUGAAGCAGGUGACCUGUGGUACUUCCCAGCAGGCUUUCCUCACUCCCUGCAAGGUCUGAGUCCCAACGGUACCGAAUUUUUGUUGAUAUUCGACGAUGGCAACUUCUCCGAAGAAUCAACAUUCAUACUGACUGACUGGCUGGCUCAUACCCCGAAAUCAGUUCUGGCCGAGAACUUCCGGGUCAAACCAGAAAAGUUCCUUUCCAUCCCGCCAUCCGAAAAGUACAUCUUCAAGGGCACGGUUCCAGACACAAUUGACCGCGAGAAACCUCCCGGCUUCCAGAAGAGCAAACUCCAGUUCACCCAUCACAUGCACGCACAAGACCCCAUCAACACAAGUGGUGGGGCUGUUCGAAUUACAGAUUCGACCAAUUUCCCGAUUUCGAAGACAGUGGCAGCUGCGCACCUAGAAAUCGCCCCAGGUGCGCUCCGUGAAAUGCACUGGCACCCCAACGCGGAUGAGUGGACGUAUUUCAAGAAAGGUCGUGCUCGCGUGACCGUUUUUGCUGCGGAGGGAAAUGCCCGCACGUUUAAUUAUAUGGCCGGUGAUGUGGGUAUUGUUCCUCGCAACAUGGGACAUUUUAUUGAAAACCUGAGCGAUGAAGAGCCGCUUGAGGUGUUGGAGAUUUUCCGUGCGGACAAGUUCCAGGACUUCUCGCUGUUCCAGUGGCUUGGGGAGACCCCACGCCGGGUGGUUGCGGAACAUAUCUUCGCUGAUAACCCUGAUGCUGCAGAGGAGUUUUUAAAGCAGAUUGAGGGAGCCGAGAAGGAUCCGAUCAAGGAUACUUUGUCGUGA